GUGCGUAGUAGGAACCAAUCCAUUAAGGCGUAUGGGGGAGUGGAGGUGGGCGGUCGGUUGAACAGAACACCCUGGAUAAUUAGCUUCUGGUACCGAUUGAUAAAGGACUGGGUAGAACAUAGUUGUGAACGCUGUGAAAAUCUCCUGGCCUUUCCGGAAAUCGAAAAUCUGUACGUCGGUCUCAGCACUUCAAAAUUUUUGUGUCGAAAUUAAGUUGCUGUACUUUAUUUGAAGCCGUUGUGAAGAGGUGGCAGUAGUUGAUCCAUGAACUGUACUCCACAAAUUUCCCCAAAGUCACCCAUUUAUAUUAAAAAAUGGUACCGGGAUGAUUUGUUGUCUGCAUCUAUGACCCACAAUGAGCAGAUACAGUGGUUACAACUCUCGAGAAGAUGUACACAUGGAGAUAUUGCAAGAUGCAGAGAGCCAACAGCAACAGGACAGUAGGAGGCUAGACCACCAUUCCAUGACAGGGGGUAGGAAGGCUGAACAUGGUAUGGUACCACAGCACAGCAUGUCCAGUAAAGGCUCAGCGCAGUACCAGUUCAAUCCUCAAAACAAUAGAAUCCUCACUCAACCUUCUGUCAGUCGGACACUGUCUCGUCAUCAACACUGGCCUGUCCCUUCUCUACAAGAUGUGAUUAAUGGUCUUCCAUCUCGAAACAUGGGAGAUUUGUUCUCACCUGGGGAAGGGACCCCACACAUUCCGCUGCUGUGUCACGCUGCAAACCAGGAGUCAGAGGAACAUCAUGUGGCACAGAUUGUGAGUGAGAUGGAGAAGGAUGUUACCUUGAUGGGGGACAAUCCACUUUCAGAGCAACUGCGCAUGGAAACCCUGAGAGAGAUGCCAGAAUCGCUGACCAUUAAGCGCACAAUAAAAAGGAAGCUCGUGAAAUCUGUGAGCCAGAAAUCCAAGCACACUCCUCUCAGUGUCUGGAAGAGACUGAAGUACAGACUGAGCAUAUCACUAGAAAAAUUCAGUGUGGCGAUCAGAAAUCUGCUAUACAUCUUGGAGCUGUGGUACAGCAGCCUGAAGACAAUCGAAGGACAUUUUGGCAGUGGAGUCGCCACCUACUUCAGAUUUCUGCGGUUGCUGUUCCUUCUGAACACCGUAGUGUUUGUCAUCAGUUUCGGUUUCAUUGUAAUUCCUCAGCUACUGUAUCGUCUGCAUAAGCCUGUGGAAGCAAGCCAGAAUGACACAGGGAGUUCACUGUAUGACAUGGCAUCUGUAUUUUUCACUCCCAGUGACUUGGACAGUGUCUUUCGAUUAUAUGAAGAAAAUAACUCGACAAGACAUAUAGUCACUCCUGUUCCUGUCACGACGCAGAACUGGAAGCUCCCUCCAUCAGGAAAGUAUCGGCCUCAAGUUAAGAGCAAUGCAUACACCCCAAAUGCAGACUUCUCCAUUGGCAAUAUCUUCACAGGGGAGGGUUUCUUCACGGAUACAGCUCUGUACUAUGGCCACUACACUAACGAGUCUGUGAACUUGGUGCUGGGUCAGACAUAUAGCAUUCCAGCUGCGUACUUCUUCACUGUGCUGGCAUGCUAUCUCGUCAUGUUUGUUGUACUGUCUGUCAGUAUGGCAAGGUCCUACCGCCGCACAUUCAUUGAGAAUGAGGGGGACAUCAAGAGCAUGUUUGCCCAGAAAGUUUUCUGUGCGUGGGACUUCAGCACUGCCACAAAUGAAGCUGCGGCUCUCAAGUCAAAAAGCAUCUACAAUGAAUUGAAGGAGCUGCUGGGAGAUAUCAAGAAGGAGGUUGCCGAGCUGAGCUGGCAGGGUAAAUGCUUCCUUCUUGCUGUUCGCAUCAGCUUGAAUAUCUUCAUAGCGUUGGUGCUAGCGAGCACUGGCUUUAUAAUUUGGUUCCUGUUGCGUGAGGAGACACGUGUCACUGACACGGCAACUGCAAACCACGGAGCAACCAUGAUCAUGCCCGUUAUCAUCACUGUCAUCAUGAUAGUGGCCCCUGUCCUCUUCUCGUGGAUGGCAAGACUUGAAGAUUACAGCAAUCCACGUACAGCCUUGUUUGUGACAUUGACAAGAACAUUCCUGAUGGAGAUGGUCGUCAUUGGGGUUGUCGUUGCCUUCUGGCUGACAUUUAAAAAGAAUUCUGAGUGCUGGGAAACAUCACUGGGCCAAGAGGUAUAUCGCCUGGUGAUUACUGACUUCCUGCUUGCAGUUGUUGGCACUUCUUUGGCUGAGUUUGUUCGCUUUCAAAUUUACAAGUUGAUGUGGAAGAAGAUUGGAGGUCCUGAAUUUGACAUUGCUCGCAAUACGCUGAACAUCAUCUACAAUCAGACACUUUUCUUUGUUGGACUCUACUUCAGCCCAUUGCUGGCAUUCAUCGUCGUUCUCAAGAUGUUCAUUACGUUCUAUGUGAAGAAGCUUGGUUUGCUGAACAACUGCCAACCGUCAGCUAGGCCCUGGCGUGCUGCUCAGACCCACACGCUCUUCCUCGUCCUGUCUUUUGUGGCUGCAUUGGUGGUACUUAUCCUUCUGGGUUACAUCUUCACACAAGUCGAGUCAUCCAACUGUGGUCCAUUCCGCACCUACGGGCAUCCGUACGAGCUAAUCCUGGAUGUGUUCCAAAUUCAAAAUGAGGACAAUGGCUUCUUGCAGUUCAUCAGGUUCUUGACAAAACCUGGAGUGACAGCAGGAAUUCUGUUGGCCAUGUGUGUUGGUGUGUACUAUUUGCGCGCAAAGUCUCAUGCACACAAAAGCAUGGUGCACCUUCUGAGAGAGAUGCUAGUGCUGGAAGCCAAGGACAAGGAGUUCCUACUUCACAGCAUCUCCAAGGUCACUGAAGGCCAAUGGCUUGCUCACUUGAGGAC